GGGCUGCCGGAGUCUCCGGCUACACUGGGAGCCUCGGACGAGGCGACGGCACAUCAGCAAUUCCUAGACGACGUGAAGGAUCAAUUGCAGCUGAUAUUCACCCACCUGAAGCCGAAUAGACUGAGCACGUUUGAAUGGCGCCUAGGGACAUGUGUUCCGGUGGGAGUUCUCGACAAGGAAGGCUAUCUCAGUCGGUACCAACAGCGCCUCACUCGUCUCUCACUCGUCACUGACGGUACCUGCCCUGAAACAUUGCACCGCUUGGAAGGAGUGUCUAGACUAUCCUGCCUGACGGCGUUUGAGUGGGAAGGACUCCAACAUCCGUCCGAGGUUGAUUUGUUACGACAGUGCAUCCGUCGGAACUGGCGCCGCCUGGAUCAUCUGUCCAUCGGCUUCGUUCCAUCAGCUUUUGCCCGUGCUCUGUGCUGGGAGAGCCUUGGGCUUCAGCAAUCGGAGCUCGGGGUCGGGAAUAUAGGUACCGGUGAGACAAGGAACGGGGAUACAGGGAUCGGGAAUCUGACAGCUCUUCCCGCUCUGUCCACAUUAUCACUUUCAAAGGUGACCCUGCCUCCAGAUAUCUCAUCAGAGCGCGAUGCGAUAUUCUAUUCCCUGCGAGCGCUCACGCUGCGCGACUGCCCGAAUCAGCUGCGUCUCGUGCAAUUACUGUCGCGGUCACAAAAGCCGCUCCGACUAACGCAUUUUGAAUUUUCUUUCGAUUACCUGCUGCACGAACCGGGUGAAGGACGUAGCCUAUCUGCUGUUGUGCGGUUCUUAUGUUCGUUUCGUGGGCUACAGCAUCUAUACCUGAGGUUGUCCAACUUCCCGGCGUCAAAAUCUCACAUCCAGGAUGCCAUCCGACAUCACCAGUCUACGUUGAAAAGCCUCGUCUACCAUGAGCGCCAACUCGCUCCCAUCGAUGCCGAUGGCUUAUUUGAGGAUGAUCGUGAUGUGUCACCCGCGUGGGUAACAAACUUGUCUGCCAUUGUAGACCUGGGCCAGGUGUCUGCUCUGGGUCUGUGUGCUAGUCCAUCUGCAGCUCGUCUGUGCCUUCGACCCACGGCCAAGCAUUCCCAGCUUCAGAUUCUACAUCUGCGGUUCAGCGGCCUCGAUCGAAUCCACCGAGACAUCCCACGAGAGAUUACCACCUUUCUACAUGAGACGCGCAAAGGGUACUCACGGCAUCCUCGUUCGUGCUGGGGUUCUGUGAACCGGAAUGCCUCCAAUGAUAACUACAACUACGGUCCUAUUUUCGAUGAGUACUUUGACAGGUCACAAUUCGAGUAUAUGGACCCGCAGCAGGCAGUCCUUGCGUCUUCCGCAGCGAUUGCAGAGGCCGAGGAUCUCGUGUCGUUUGCUGAAUGGGCAUUCGGCCCCCACGGACUGCCGGCUCUGCAGGUCCUCGCGUUUGGGGACUUCUCCCACGGUGAUCGAUACCGGAGCCAGCAGUUUCUAAUGCGUCGUGCCUAUUCUCCAUGGGAGUGUGGUGGUAAGACAAUUCCGACCGGCGCGGCCUGCUCCCUAACUAGCGAUAUGGCACAGAUCCUUCAAAACCCUCAUUCUUCGCCGUCCUCUGCCGUUGACCUCCUGGACCUGUAUUUGUGUCUGUGGGAGUGCUACACGAUCAAGUCGGCCGGCAAAAUACGCUUGGAAGAGGAACGUCGCUACCUGCAAAACUCACAAAAAUGGCUGGCGGAGGAGAACAAAAAGCUUCAGCAAUGCUGCAAUCAUCAAGAACUGCUGCUGUGGGAUCGUCGUCAGGCCUUUCUCUCUGUACACCAGGGCGUUCUCGGAACAUUGCAGAAUAGUGACAGACACUCGUGUCAGAUAAGUGAGCUACAAUGA